AUGGAUCAACAGAGAUUUCUGCAGCAACUGCAAAUCAUCCUUAACCCUUCCACUGGUGACUUGAAGGAAGCCACCAGUGUCCUUCAAAAAGAGUUCUACAACAAACCCGAAUCAUUCCUUUUCCUCCUCCAAUUAGCCACCUCUCACGACAGUGAUGAUCUUCGUCAGUUGGCUGCCGUUGAGGCCCGAGGCCUUGUAGGCAAGUUCUGGCUCAAGGUCCCUCAGAACCAGAAGCCUCAAAUUCGGGAACAAUUACUCCGAGGAACCAUGAGCAGCAGCUCCGAGCUUGUUCGUCACGCUAUUGCCCGUAUUGUUUCCUCGGUAGCCAAGAUCGAUCUUCAGGACGGCGAGUGGGCCGAUCUGCCCAACUUCUUGCUUCAGGCUGCCCAGAGCGGAAACAAAGAGGAGAGGGCGAUUGGUGUCUACAUCUUCUUCACUAUCCUCGAGUCUUUGGGUGAAGGGUUCGAAGAUAAGUUCCAGGACUUAUUCACUCUCUUCAGCAAGACCAUCCGUGACCCCGAGAGCGCCGAGGUCCGCAUCAAUACUCUUUUGGCUUUGAGCAAGCUUGCAAUGCAUCUCGACUCGGAUGAGGACGAGGUCCCUGUCAAGGCCUUCCAGCAAGUUUUCCCAGACAUGGUCCGUGUCCUCAAGGAUGCUAUCGACACCACUGACGAGGACCGUAUCAUGCAAGCCUUUGAGGUCUUCCAAACCUUGCUCGGAUGUGAUCCGGCAUUGAUGAACGUCCACAUGAAUGAUCUAAUUACUUUCAUGAACGAAGUUUCCGCAAACACACAGCUGGCUGAAGAUACCCGAACUCAAGCCAUUAGCUUCCUUAUGCAGUGCGUCAAAUACCGCAAGCUCAAGGUUCAGGGUCUUCGUGUUGGUGAACAGCUUACCCGCACCGCUCUUCACAUUGUGACUGAACUCGAUGACGACGACGAUGAAGACGAGAUUACUCCCGCUCGCUCUGCCCUUGGCCUUCUCGACAUGCUUGCUCAGAGCUUGCCUCCAAGCCAGGUCGUUGUACCACUUCUCCAGGCUCUUGGCCAAUACUUCAACAGCGAAAACCCAGACUAUCGUCGUGCCGGUAUCCUGGCUUUGGGUAUGUGCGUUGAGGGUGCCCCCGACUUUAUCAGCAGUCAGUUCGGUGAAAUAUUCCCAAUUGUCCUUCAUCUUCUCAGCGACAAGGAACCCAAGGUUCGCCAGGCUACUUUGCACGGUGUUGCCCGUCUUGCAGAUGAUCUCGCAGAAGAUGUUGGUAAGGAGCAUGCCAAGCUCAUGCCUCUUUUGGUGCAGAACCUCGCUAGCGCCAUGGAAAACUACAAGGGCGAGGAAAGCGGCCCCACUGUUAAUAUUAUGAAAGCUGCUGUCAGCUCCAUUGAUGCUGUCGUUGACGGGCUCGAUGAGAAGGAUAUCGUCCCUUACCAGGAUGAGCUUGUUCCCCUCUUGCACAAGCUCUUCCAACACCCUGAUUUCAAGAUUAAGGGUCUCACUGCUAGCGCCAUUGGAUCUCUCGCGUCUUCUGCGGGUGAGGCUUUCCUCCCUUACUUUGAAAAAUCCAUGCACCUUAUGCAGGAAUAUGCCACCAAGAAGGAAAGCGAGGAGGAGCUUGACCUCCGUGCUAGCAUUAUUGAUGCUAUGGGUGAGAUGUCCGCUGCAGCCGGUCCUCAACACUACCAACCUUAUGUUGAGCCUCUUAUGCGUGCUAGCGAAGAAGCCCUUCACCUUGACCACUCUCGUCUCAAGGAAAGCACCUAUAUGCUGUGGGGAUCCAUUUCCAAGGUUUACGGAGAGGACUUCAAGCCUUUCCUUGAUGGUGUUUUUAAGGGCUUGAGCGCUUGUAUCGAACAGGAGGAAGCCGAUCUUGAGGUUGAACUUGGUGACGCCGCUAAGGACCUCGUUGGUCAGGAAGUUACUAUUGGAGGUCGCAAGGUGAAGGUUGCCGAAGCCUCCGAUGAUGAGGAUGGUGACAUUGAGGAUAUUGACCUUGACGAUGAGGAUGACUGGGAAGACUUCACUACCGUUACACCUUUGGCUCUCGAGAAGGAGAUUGCUGUCGAGGUUAUUGGCGACUUGAUCAGCCACACCAAGGGUGCCUAUCUCCCUUACUUUGAAAAGACCAUUGAGUUGGUUCUUCCCCUUACCGAGCAUCCUUAUGAGGGUGUCCGCAAGAGCACCAUCAGCACUUUGCACCGUGCGUACGCCACCUUGUUCUCCUUAGCUGAGGAGAAUGGCCAAAUGCCAAAGUGGCAGCCUGGUCUUCCCCUCAAAGUCCAGCUUCCAGUUGAGGUCCAAAAGUUCGCUGAGAUUUUGAUGACUGCCACCAUUAAGAUGUGGGGUGAAGAAAGUGACCCGGCUACCGUUGGCGAUCUCUGUGGCAACCUUGCCGAAAACCUUCGUUACACUGGUCCUGCACUGGUUGCCAAUGAGAAUGUCUUGACCAAUGUUGUCCAACAAGUAACUGACCUCAUUACUAAGAAGCACGCCUGCCAGCAGGAAUUCGCUGAAGAUGAAGAGCUCCAAGAAUCCGUCGAGGAGACUUCCGAGUUCGACUGGAUUGUUAUUGACCGUGCCCUUGACGUGGUUUCGGGGCUAGCUGCCGCUCUUGGCCCUGACUUCCCCCAGCUCUGGAAGAUCUUCGAGAAGAGCGUCCUCCGAUUUGUUAGCAGCUCUGAAAAUAUUGAGCGCGCUACUGCCGUUGGAACCCUCGCCGAAGUCAUCACUGGAAUGAAGGAUGCCGUCACUCCGUUGACCGGCCGUUUCUUGCCGUUACUCUUGAAGCGUCUUGACGAUGAGGACCCUCAGACAAAGUCCAACGCUGCCUAUGCCACUGGGCGUUUGAUUGAGGCCACAAACGAUGCUUCUAUCGUCUCUCAUUUCCCCACCAUUCUUCAAAAGCUUGAACCCUGCCUCCAGCAACAGGUGUCUCGUCUGCCGGACAAUGCUACAGGUUGCUUGUCUCGCAUGAUCUUGAAGCAGCACGAUAAGGUUCCAAUUGCCGAUGUGCUCCCUGCUAUUGUCAGCAUUCUUCCGUUGAAGAACGAUUACGAGGAGAACGAGCCCUUGUACAAGAUGAUUGCACAGCUCUACAAAUGGGAGGAUCCUACCGUCCGUAAUCUCACUCCUCAACUUCUUCCCAUCUUCCAGGCCGUUCUCUCCGACGACGAGCAAUUGGAAGAGGAGCGCCGCAAGGAGGUGAUGGAACUUGUCUCAUGGCUCAACAAAUAA